GUGCACACACACACAGUGCGGGGCAGCACUGGAGGCGGCGGCUCCGGGCUCUCGCCAGCCAGCCAGCGCCAUCGAGCAUUGCAACAUGAAGCAACAGCAACAGCGGCUCUGCACCACCCUCGCUAUGCUACUGUGCACUGCGCUCGUCCGUGGGCAGGCUGGAGCUGGACCGGAGGAAGGGGAAGACCAACGUCUCCCAGUGCUGUUAAAGGAAGGAAAUAUAUAUAUAAGAAACAGAAUGGAGCUCUUUUGUUAUGAAUUUACUCAAAAGCCUGUGUUCACUGAUAAUUGGUCAGCAGUGAAGAUUAAAAUUAGCUGUCCGGAGCAAUUGCGCCUUACAUAUCCUUCGGAUGAAAUUUUCUUUAAUAAAUCUGAAACGCUGAAAGACCUCAUUGUCUACUUCUACUAUCAAGUCGUAUCAUCUAAUGAAAAAGUAACUUCGGAAUUCAACAUCAGUGUUGAACAUUUUGAUAGUAAAGCUUGCUUCAAACUAAACCCCAUGAAGUCCUAUCCAGAGUACACCAUUACAGUGACAAAGCCAUCAUUUGAAUUAAAGCUGAUUAUUCUGUUUGUGACUGGAAUUAUCCUGUUCGUCUUUGCAAGACCCAUUAGCAGGAGUGAACUGCUUUAUUACUCUUGUGGAGUUGCUUUAGGAAUCUUUGCAAUAUUAGUCCUUAUCCUCUUGGUUUGCAGAAGAAUGAUACAAACCAGGACAUUCUUCUUUCUAAUGGCUGGAAGUGGUCCAGUCUCAUUGCUCGCAAUUUAUUUAAGUGUUUUAAACUUAUCGCUAUAUCGGAAAUUCUUUGUUGGUUAUAUUUUUAUACUUGGUUGCAUUAGCUAUAUUAUAUGCUAUAAGCACGGGCCAUUGUCGGAUGAACUGAGCAUAAAUCUGCUCACAUGGACUUUACAGCUGAUAGCAUUGCUGAUGAUAUACCGUGGUGUGACAUUCAGUCAAUGUGCUUACACUGUGAUAGUUAUUCUCCUAUGCGCAAACAACAUCCACCAUCCAGUUAACUUGAUCUGCUACAUUUACAGAAAUAUUAAACGGUUUAUUAAAAAGCCACAAAUUAAUUUCAUUACUGAAGAGGAAUACAGAGAACAGACUGAAAUGGAGACCAAGAAGGCUCUUGAGGAACUUCGCCUCUGUUGUAGGAGUCAGGAUUUUCCUACAUGGGAAAUGAUAGCAAAAAUCAGUACCCCAAAAAGACUUGCAGACUUUAUCCUGGGAGCAUCACAUCUCACACACGAGGAGGUGUGGAUGCAUGACCAACAUUAUGGAAUUGGGGGCUCUUUCUUGGAAGCCCAACUGUUUGCAUCAGAAGACGAGAACGGCUCAGUCGUGCAGAACGGUGAGGUGAUGGCUGCAGGCGAAAGUCACGAAGUGGAUGAGACUGUAUAUUAAUUCAUGCUUCACUUGCUUCUGAAUGGAUUUUCUGAGUCAUCAUUCCAAACAGAGAUUGACUAAUGCACCAAAUAAGUCUACAUGGAAUUCUCUGGUCUGGUUAUUUCUUACACGCGGAUGCACAAAAAUAGACUGAGACCAAGGAAAUGAGAUGAUCAGUGAAUCUGUACGUGGUAUAUGAGUUUGUGUUUUCUUUUUGGAAAAAUAAUUUGCACUAAUGCAUGUGGCUCUGGUUAGCACUGACCCUAUUAUUGAAGUUGCAUUUUUUUUUUGGUCAACCAAUGACUUAAGGGGAAAAAAAAAUAUCCCAGCCCUUAGCCAGGUUGCAGACAUUCAUUUGUAUGCUCGGGUGCCUCUCAUAUUUAUCUUAUUACAGUAUGAUUUGUGAAUGUGUAAUUCACCUAGUGGAUUUCUCUUCUGUCCUAUUGAAAGAUAACUGGUUUGUCGCAAGUAUCUAAUCGAAUUCUGAGGUCUUGAAGGCCCUGAUUCUGGUCACCACAGGUGAUGCUUCUGUGUCCAUUACUUGUAGUGAAGAUCAGCAAGUCC